AUGGCCACGCCGAAUAGAAAUCAAUUCAGACUCCCAGACUUCCAGGCUAUAUCAAAAUUGCCCCUACUCCUGAACCCGCUCUACAACCUCAUGCGCGUAGAGUCGACAAUGUGGAUCGACAGUUUCGCCCACUUCCCCACUGAACCACACAAGCGCGCGGCCCUCGCCUCUGCUGAUUUCGAACGCCUCGCUGCAUACACUUAUCCCACCGCAGCGCACCCGGAGCUGCGCACCAUCUGCGACCUUACGAACUGCAUUUUUGUGUUCGACGAAAUGACUGAUAAGCAAACUUUCGACGAGGCACAGCACACAGCGGUGUCGUAUCUGGGUGGCCUUGCGGGUGAAGCUUGCGACGGCUCAGUCAUCUCUCAGAUGACAUGCGACAUAGGCGAACGACUUCGGGCGCGAUUCGGACCAAAUGCAUUCCGCCGAUUUAUCGAACAUACCGAACAAUAUGUCAACGAGGUUGUGAGGGAGGCUGGGCUACGCGAGCGUGGCGAAGUUCUCGACGAGAUCGUGCGCGACCCCGUAUUUGUCCGUGUGUGCGACACCGCAGAUGACUUAAUCAGCUGGACAAACGAUGCGCACUCCUAUGACAUGGAGCAGGCCAAGGGACUCUCUGCUGCGAACAUCCUCACCGUGAUUAUGAAUGCAAAGCAGCUCCCGCUUCAGGCUGCAGCCGAUUACCUCGCAGCAGAGUAUACGGCUAGCAUGGCGCAUUUCAUGACCGACAAAGCGGAGCUCGUGGGCCGUUCAUAUGGGAAGGCGAACAAUGCAAACCUGCUACUCUAUAUCUCCGGGCUUGAGGCAUGGAUCAGUGGGGUCAUCGAAUGGGAUUUUCUGUCAAAGCGGUAUUUUGGGGAGCGAAAUGAGGAAGUGGCAGAGACGCUUAUCGUUCCGUUGACCAUCCCGCAGCUGAAGGCUCACCUCUGA